AUGAGCUUACAUUUGCCAGGCCGAAGGCUGGUCCAGACCGCACGAUCAUUAACUGCCCGCCCAUCACCGUCCCUCCACCUUAAGAACCUCCUCCCACAAAGCCAAUGCCGUCAGGCCUCCAUAUUCAACCGUUUCGGAUGGGGCAAGAAGAAGAAGGCCGACCCGCUCGCUGAAGCCGUCGAGAAGCAAGAAGUCGACGCCAAGAAGUACUACGAGCGCCUCAAUAAGCGCACAGCGGGUGACUCCAUCUUCGACGAGGAGAUCAAAAGUUCCGAGGCCGAAAAGGGCGAAGGCGAGACGGGGAUGCCCAUGGCCGGCUACGGCUUCUCCAACGCGCGGGAGCACAAGAUGCGCGCUUUGGACCCGGAUCCGCGCUGGAGGGUGAAGUGGCAGCGUCGCCGCAUUAUGCAGAUGGUGCGGAACACGGGGAAGCCCCUGUCGAAAGACCAGCAGAACCGACUUGUUGAGCGCGAACACCACGACCACAGCGAUAAUUUGCAGACGAGCGUCAAGAAGCUGGUUCACCUGGCGCAUCAGCUGGCGGGGAAGACGGUCGAUGAGGCGAUUACGCAGAUGAAGUACAGCAAGAAGAAGAUGGGUAAGGAGCUGGUUUAUGUGCUGAAUGAGGCGAGAGAUAACGCCAUUGUGACGAGGGGCAUGGCCUUGGGCGCUGUCAAUGGUGAGGUGUUAGAUAAGCCUAAGAAGAUCCAGACCAAGGAUGGGAGGUGGAUUGAGGUACAGGAUCCGACGAGGUUGUAUAUUGAUCAGGCGUGGGUGGGCAAGGGGCCGUGGAGGGGUGUGAGGGUGCAGUAUCACUCGAGGGGUCGACAGAGUUUGAUGUGGAAGCCGACCACGCGCAUGUAUGUGGUUUUGAAGGAGGAGAAGACGAGGAUACGUCUACAUGAGGAGAAGCUUGAGAAGCAGGCUAAGAAGAAGCCGUGGGUCCAUCUCCCGAACCGCCCUGUGACGGCACAGAGGCAGUACUACAGCUGGUAG